AUGGGGGCCUGCGCCAGGGCCCUGCCCUCUCUGCUGCUGGCACUGCUGCUCACGUCCCCCCCAGGGGCCCUGGGUGCCAACCCCGGCCUGGUCGUCAGGAUCACAGACAAGGGUCUGGAGUAUGUGGCCAAGGAGGGGCUGGUGGCCCUGCAGAGUGAGCUGCACAGAAUCUCGCUGCCCGACUUCACAGGGGAGUUCAAGAUCAACCAUGUUGGACGUGGGAACUAUGAGUUCAACAGCCUGAACAUCCGCAGCUGUGAGCUGCUAGGCUCUGCUCUGACACCCCUUCCCGGCCAGGGCCUCAGUCUGUCCAUCUCCGACUCCUCCAUCCAGGUCGAUGGCAAGUGGAAGGUGCGCAAGUCAUUCCUGAGGCUCCGGGGCUCCUUUGAUGUGCGGGUCGAGGGCAUCAUUUCCGUCAACCUCAACCUGGGCAGCGAGCCUUCUGGGAGGCCCACGGUCACUGCCUCCAGCUGCAGCAGCCACAUCUGUGACAUGGAUGUGGACAUAUCAAAAAGUUUGGGGUGGCUACUGGAUCUCUUCCACAGGCAGAUCGAGUCCAGACUCAAAAAAAUAUUGGAGAGCAAGAUUUGUGAAGUUGUCCAGGAAUCGGUGACCUCUGACCUACAACGUUAUCUCCAAACUCUGCCAGUCACAACAGAGAUUGACAGUUUUGCUGGCAUUGAUUACAGCUUAAUGGAGGCCCCUCAGGCAGCAGCCCAAAUGCUGGAUGUGAUGUUGAAGGCUGAAUUUUUUAACCGUGAUCAUCGCUCCCCAGUUGCCUUCCUUGCUCCUGUCAUGAGCCUUCCUGAGGAACACAAUCGAAUGGUCUACUUUGCCAUCUCUGAUUAUGUCUUCAACACAGCCAGCCUAGUAUAUCAUGAGGCAGGGUAUCUGAACUUCUCCAUCACAGAUGAUGUGGUUCCACCCACCUCUAACAUCCGACUGACCACCAAGUCCUUCCGCGCCUUCGCCCCCCGGUUAGCCAGACGCUACCCCGACGUGAACUUGGAGCUCCAGGGAAGAGUGGUCUCUGCCCCUGCCGUGAGCUUCAGCCCUGGGAACCUGUCCUUGGCACCCGAGAUGGACAUCGAGGCCUUCGCGCUCCUGCCUGCCGCGGGCAGGGAGCCUGUGUUCCGGCUUGGCGUGACUGCUAAUGUAUCCGCCACAUUGACCUUCAACACCAGCAAGAUCACUGGGUUCCUGAAGCCUGAAAAGAUACAAGUGGAACUGAAAGAAUCUAAAGUUGGACUAUUCAAUGUGGAGCUGUUAGAGGCGCUGCUCAACUACUACCUUCUCAACACCCUCUACCCCCAGGUCAAUGAUAAGUUGGCAACAGGCUUCCCUCUUCCUCUGCUAAAAUAUAUUCAGUUCUACGACCCUGUUAUCCAGAUCCACAAGGACUUCCUGUUCUUAGGCGCCAACAUCCAGUACACGAGAGUCUGAGGGCAAAGAGGAAGGCGGAGGCCACAGCUGGAUCAGCGGGCACAUCUCCGGUUUGCAGGAUCCUCCCAGAUUCUGGGGGGGUGGGGACUCCUCCGCCCUCAGCUCUGGAGGCGAGGUCUGCGCGGCCUCUACCCCCCGCUCCUCCUCUGGAGGUGUCCCCACACCCUCUCCUGCUCUGGACUUUACUUUCUCCGCUGGGGUGGACCAUCAUCCUCACUGGCCUGUACGGUCUUUAAAGGCAGGCACCGUCUUUUUUAUUCACCAUCUCAUGCCCGUGCACAGUGCUGACACAUAGUAGGUCCUCAAUAAAUAUUUAUUGUUUGGAUCAGUGAAGGAAGCACCUGG